AUGUCUAAAAUUGUUAAGAAAAAGGAAAAGAAGGCUGUCAAUGAAUUAACUUCUUUGGCCGAAAAGAUUAAGGCAAAAGCUCUGGAAAACCAAAAGAAGCUUAUAGAUGCAGAAAAAGAAAGUGAUACAGAGUCUGGUUCUGAAGAAGAUACUACCACCGAAAAGAAAAAAGCUUUGAAAUCAAAAAGUAAAUCUACCGCGUCAACGGAAAAUGAAAAUGCUAAUGAAAGUGAAUCUUUUGAAUCCUUUAGCGAACUAAAUUUGGUCCCCGAAUUAAUUCAAGCUUGUAAAAACUUGAAUUAUUCCAAGCCUACUCCUAUUCAAUCCAAGUCAAUCCCUCCAGCGUUAGAAGGCCAUGAUAUAAUUGGACUUGCGCAAACAGGUUCCGGUAAGACUGCAGCAUUUGCUAUCCCCAUUUUAAAUCGUUUAUGGCAUGAUCAGGAGCCAUACUAUGCGUGCAUUCUUGCUCCAACAAGAGAACUAGCACAGCAGAUUAAAGAAACCUUUGAUUCGUUGGGGUCCUUAAUGGGUGUGAGGUCAACAUGUAUUGUGGGUGGUAUGAACAUGAUGGACCAAGCCAGAGAUCUGAUGAGAAAGCCACAUAUUAUCAUUGCCACACCAGGUAGAUUAAUGGAUCAUUUGGAAAACACCAAGGGAUUUUCACUAAGGAAACUGAAAUUCUUGGUUAUGGAUGAAGCCGAUAGAUUAUUAGAUAUGGAAUUCGGACCUGUUCUUGAUAGAAUUUUAAAAAUCAUUCCAACCCAAGAAAGAACUACUUAUCUAUUUUCUGCCACUAUGACUUCCAAAAUUGAUAAAUUACAAAGAGCAAGUUUAACGAAUCCUGUAAAGUGUGCCGUAUCAAACAAAUACCAAACCGUAGAUACGUUAGUACAAACACUAAUGGUUGUUCCAGGUGGUCUUAAGAACACAUACCUAAUUUAUUUAUUAAAUGAAUUCAUUGGGAAGACAAUGAUCAUCUUUACAAGAACAAAGGCCAAUGCGGAAAGAUUGUGUGGAUUAUGUAAUUUGUUGGAGUUUAGCGCCACUGCGUUACAUGGCGAUUUGAACCAAAACCAAAGGAUGGGGGCUCUAGAUCUUUUCAAGGCAGGUAAAAGAUCUAUUCUUGUGGCUACCGAUGUGGCUGCUAGAGGGCUAGAUAUCCCAUCAGUGGAUAUAGUUGUGAACUACGAUAUUCCUGUGGAUUCCAAGUCCUACAUUCAUAGAGUGGGGAGAACCGCAAGAGCUGGUAGGUCAGGAAAAUCCAUCUCGCUAGUAUCACAGUAUGAUCUAGAGUUGAUCUUAAGAAUCGAAGAAGUUUUGGGUAAGAAACUACCGAAGGAAAGUGUAGACAAAAACAUCAUAUUGACCCUAAGAGAUUCUGUAGAUAAGGCUAACGGGGAAGUUGUUAUGGAAAUGAACAGAAGAAACAAGGAGAAGAUUGCCAGAGGUAAGGGAAGAAGAGGAAGAAUGAUGACAAGAGAAAAUAUGGAUAUGGGAGAAAGGUAA